AUGACAUAUGCUCCGGGUGAAGAAAACGAUGAAAGAACGCAUGCUGCCUAUCAUGCCAGUCUCAUCCAGGGCGUUCGAUUCAUGGGGUGGCAGUCGGAGAGAGUGGUGCGGCGAGAUGAGCAGAGCGGACGAAUACUGCUUGUGCUGCCGUCAGACUCUGCUGCACACCUCAAAAAGGUGACACUGCUCACCAUUCAUAUUAAUCAUCGCAAGCGAGUCAAUGAGCUCUCAAAUCUCCUGGAAAAUCAGCUGGGUCUGGUCGAUGGAUGGCUGCUGUCCGUGCCCUGCAAGGUGUACCUGUACGUUGCUGCCUCGAAGCGUGUGGUGGGCUGCGCCAUGAUCCAAGCUGUCAGCACAGCCUACAGGGUCAUGCCGGCUGAUGAUGCCAAAGUGUCCACAGCUGACACCAGUCCCUGCGCUCACCUGCCGUCUGCCGCCCCUGCAGCGCACAGAGCAGCGGCCGGGGACGGCAGCGAUGCUCGCGCAGAUUCACCUGACAGGCAGUGCAGCGGAGGGGAAGAGCGGCCUUCUGUCAGCGAGAACAUGGUCUCAGCGGCGGCAGAGGCUGGGCCGAGCAGCUCCUGUCAGACUGAAAUAGGGGGGCAUGGAGUAGGCGGCGGCGUAUUGGGCGGCUUGGGCUGCUGCAUUGGCGUGCGGCAUGACAGCGUCCUGGGGGCAGCCAAUCCCUGGGAAGCUGCCAGCGCCGCAGGCAGAGCCUCUGCUCCACCCGAGCAGGACAGAGGUGGCGCAAAGGUGCAGCCGCAGCAGAGGCAGGUGCCGCUGAGGGUGGAUGAGAGCACGCCCGAGGAGGCUGCCUGCGGCGUGCGAGUCAUCUGGGUCUCUGUGGAGGCGCGCUUGCAGGGCCUUGCAAGCAAGCUGCUCGAUGUUGCCAGGAGCACAUUUGUGACUGGAUACGUCAUUCCGCGGCAGGAGCUUGCAUUCUCGCAGCCCACUGAGCAUGGCCGCAAGUUUGCCGCGUCCUACACUGGAUGCAGCUCUUUCUUGGUGUACAAGUAG